GUCGGCCCAAAAUGGCGCCCGCGUUGACGCAUUGCCGCAAAGAACAGCAGCGGGUCAUAAAAAAUCACAGAUAUUUGUAUAUCGAUGGAGAGCGUCGAUAUGAAACCGAAACUUCAGCAUUGCCUUCCAGACGCAAUGCAGUGUUCGUUACAUAUUGGAGUUCGGAAGUGUCCGGUCCCGUACUUGGGGGAAAAAUAUGAUAGAACGGCGACGCUCGAAGACUGGACUCGGGCCAAGCUCAUGUACCCUGACUUCAGAGAAGCAGUUCUGACGUCUAUCAUAAUGGCAGCAUCCACAGAAACUGGUUUUGAAUGGUCUUCAGUGGGGGAAAAAAAAAAAAUCACAUUUGGAAUUACUGUUACGUGCCUAAGAACAAAAUUGAAGCAAAAGUGGAGUAGCAAAAGGCUGUUUGAUGUUAUAUUUUGUUAAAGCAUCCAGUUCUGGAGCUUUGAUAUUUUUAAUGCUUUAUUAUAUGAUUCUUUAAAAAAUGUGUCAAACAAUUCAUAUAAUAUCGGGUGCGAUUUGGUACACUUGCACCACACAGCCAUGGUAAUCUGACGAGUAGCUCGGGGCACACAUGCUGAUUGUUGACAUUUAGCGCUAUCUAUUGGUCGUGAUUCGUGUACGAAUUGAGCCCCUUUUCAGAGUUUUCUGAUCUCCGAUGUAAAGCGAACGCAACAUUCCUAAACGCUCCAACAGCAAAUCUCUGUAAACUGAGUCGACGGCGCCAUCUUGUGGUCGGUAGUUUCUGCCGUAGUUUGAAGUUUGACGUGUUGAGGUUGAAAGACAGACGUAUUUGCCGUGGUAAUGUUUGAUCAGAGACGAUGUCCACGUUGUUUCUGCACUUUGUCCCAAAUAUAACCCCGGGAGACGCCGAACAAAAUUAGCCCACAGACGACAAAGCCGAAGACAGCAGCCCCAGCUAAAGUCCAAGUUACUCUGCUCAUAGAGAAACACUCAGCUCAGGAUGGACAGGGAACGGUGCUGUGUGAGGCUGUCGGUCCAGCCGUCCAGAGGACUCGUGGAUGAGAAGUUCGUUGUCCUGGUCGAGGGCGCCCUCCCUGGAGUCCAGCUGACCGUCCGCGCUGCCCAUCAGAGUGAAGAUGGACACAGCUGGGAGGCGUUUGCCCACUACAAUGCCAACGCCACCGGAGCUGUGAACGUUGCAAAGGACCCCAGUCUGGGUGGGACAUAUUCUGGGGUUGAACCCAUGGGCCUGCUGUGGAGCCUCAGACCGGUUCCAGGCAGUAUACCUGGACUCAGGAUGAGGAAGAUGAACAUCCAGACUCCCAUGGUGGUCACUAUCUCAGUGUACCAGGGUCAGCUGACUGAGGGUUUCGUGGAUGAGGUGCCGCUGGCCAGUGUGGUGGUGGAGCGCUGGUACAUGGCUCCAGGUGUCCGCAGGAUCCCGAUCACCGAGGGCGGACUCACUGCAACUCUUUUUCUGCCCCCAGGACCUGGACCUUUCCCCGGUCUCCUGGACCUGUGGGGGGGUGGCGGGCAGUUAGUGGAGUACCGUGCAGUGCUGCUGGCCUCUCAUGGCAUCGCCUCUCUGGCUCUCGACUACCUGACGAAUAAAAUGGUAGUGGAAACAGGCAAGAUGGUGGACAACCAGUACUUUGAGACAGCCUAUAGUGUCCUGCGGGAGCAUCCUCAGAUCCUCGGCAGCAGGAUCGCCAUGCUGGGCCUUUCCUUCGGCGCCAGUGUCACUUUCAAACUGGCUGUUUACUCCCAAGUGGUAAAGCUCAGGUGUGCCGUGUGUAUUGGUGGGAGUCAUGUGCAGCUGGUUGAAGGAUCGGUGGAACAAAUGCUGAGUGUUUUUAAUGAACAUGCCAAUAAGACUCGGAUAAACGAGAAGAACGAGGUGAUCUGGCGAGAUCUGGUGCUGCCCAUCCCCACUGACCCCAAACUCAAAGUGGACGUUGGAAGAAUCCGGUGUCCUCUGCUGCUGGUUGUAGGUGAGGACGAUCAGAGCUGGCCUGCCCACGAGUCUGCAAUGGAUAUGAAGGAGAUGAUGGAGCGGGCGGGGAACAGCAACCUGCUGACCAUUCUGUCGUACCCGAACGCUGGUCACCUGAUCGAACCUCCGUACACGCCGCACACCCGAGCCAGCAGGUUCAGAGAAUUCAGAGGAAAUCAGACUUUUAUGGCUCUGUGGGGCGGAGAGAUGGUGGCACAUUCUCGUGCUCAGGAAGACGCCUGGAGGAAGAUACUGGUCUUUCUGAGGGAGAAUCUGUACGGCGGAUCAAACCCUGGUCCAGCCUCACUUUCAAACCUGUAAUCGAGGUGACCAAGGCUAAUAAAUACAGUCACUGGGUGAGAGGAGUUAUUUCCAGGUGCUGCUGGUUUUGGAUGUAAAGAUCCCAUAAAAUUUUCCUAGAGUUGAUGUUACGUGUCUCACAGUUGAAGUACUUCUGUGGCUUGGAUGGGCAUUAAACUUUUCUUAUUGCAUCAUCAGUACAAAAGAUAAAUCAAUCUUAUAUUUAUAAGAUGCAAUAAAGAUGGCACAUUUUAUUAAUGGAGCACUUAUCAAAUUGCUUUCUAAGGAAAAAAAAA